AUGACAUCCGCCUGCAUUCUCAACUCCCAACUCCCAAUGUCAUCUGUAUCAUCAGUGGAAAAGAAGCGGCUUCGAGAUCGCCGAUCACAACAGACUCUCCGCGACAAAAAGCUGCGGCACACUGCGGAACUCAAAGAACGGGUGGACCAUUGUGCGCAGUACCACAACGAUCAAAGCGUGCAGCGACUUCUUCAAGUGAUCAGCGGACUUCGCGAGCAGAACGAGACUCUGCUUAACCGCCAAAAGGGCUUAAAAUCGCUUGUCUCCUCAUGGGAUAAAGAUUGGGAGGCUUUGCCAAAUGCAGAUCGCUCUAGCCGAAAUGGCGCGUACCUCUACAGGGAGAUGGGCAGCCAAGAGCCUCAACUUCCGCAAAUUCAACAUGAUAGAAAUGACCUUUCUCCAUUAAUAGGAGCAAAUCGACAAACAAAUCCUUUGUUGGCUACACCAACAGCAUCUCCGCACACAGAGUCACCCACAGAGUCCCUGCCAGCCAAUAAUCCCCUUCCAUGGAAUCAGAUCCCACUCCAUAGCGAUGACUUCUCCAGCGUACAGACAAUUGUCUCUUGUCCCUGGCUGGCCUACCCAGAAAAGAUAACGCCUUGUCCGGAUACCCCGUCAUCCGCGCUGGACAUUCUCUAUGGCACAAAAACCAACCAAUUAGCCGACAUGAUCCACACGGCUCUUCAAAGACGCCCAGUUCGAGACCCAGAGAGAUUAGCAAUCGGCUGGCUUGCCUAUCAUGCGACGAGGUGGAUCAUAUCACCCACUCCAGCGACCUUCGAACGACUGCCUGCAUUCCUAAGACCGAUGCAGGAGCAGCUGCAAGUUCCACAUCCUGCCGUGUUGGAUUUUAUGCCGUGGCCAAAGCUUCGAUUGAACCUCAUGAACCGGUGGCAUUUGUACAACAAGGAGCGCGAUGAUUUCUUUGGCAUGUUUGCCUGUUGUAUAAAAAUCCGUUGGCCGUGGGGAGAGGAUAUCCUUGAGCGGAAUGAAGAGAACGAAUUGGUCAUCAAGCCCCAGUUCUAUGAGACUUUCAUGAGUGAAGCUGGAUGGGGCGUUACCCCGGAGUUCAUUGCGAGGUAUCCGGACCUUUUUGUCGGAAUUGACAUUAAUUCCAUCGUCGUUGAGCUCGUGUAA